AUGAUUGCGAAGUAUCACUGGCUAAAGGGCACACGAGCGCAAUACGUCCACGAUCUCCAUCAGCGAUAUGGCCCAGUGGUGCGAAUAGGCCCUCACGAGGUUGACAUUUCCGACAUGACAGCAGUCAAGGAGAUCCAUCGCGUCAAAGAUGGCUACAGAAAAGCACCAUUUUACAAGAAUCUCGUUCCCAACACAAAUAACCUCUUCAACACCCUUGAUGUAGAGUUCCACCGUCACCAUCGACGCCUACUGUCCUCGCCCCUCUCCGAAUCAUCGCUCAAGGCUGUGGAGCCAACAGUUGACGCUUAUGUCAAGAUGGCAAUUGAUAGUAUGAAGCGUGAGAUGGAUGAGCGUGGAGCCGCGGAUAUAGCAAAGUUCUGGCUGUUUAUGGCCACGGACAUAAUUGUGGAACUGAGCUUUGGGGAGUCAUUCGGCAUCCUGGAACACGGUAAAAAGAGCCAGUACAUCAAAGACCUAGAAGGUCUAGCAGCCAAAGGUUCCAUUCGAUCAACAUUCCCAACCCUCAUAUCCCUCGCGACCAAGCUACCCCUGCCAGUCUUCAAAGAAACCGUUGCUGCCGCGCAACGCAUCAAAGACUACUCCGCCGAGGCCGUUGCACGCUACAAGACAAAUUUCACAAAUAACCCAGCAGCAGCCAAGCCUAUGUUGUUCAGAAAGCUUUUCGAAGCUGGUGAAGAUGGUCUAUCAGAUGAAGAAAUUCGUGCUGAGGCGCAGGCGUACAUUGUCGCUGGCUCAGAUACUACCGCGACGACGUUGACAUAUCUUAUAUACUCCGUCAGCAGUCAUGCCGAUAUUCGACAGAAACUAGUCAAAGAGCUGAUGGAGCUACCUGAUGACUUUGGUCACAGUGAAUUGCGCGAUCUUCCGUAUCUGAACAACGUUAUCGAUGAGACGCUUCGUCUCUAUGCAGCAGUCCCUGCAGCCUUGCCUCGCGUCGUGCCCAAUGGGGGCGCUCACCUCGCAGGCUACUUCAUUCCUGGUGAUACAGUUGUUUCAACGCAAGCCUGGACCUUGCAUCGCGAUCCGCGGGUAUUCCCAGACCCAGAGAAAUGGGACCCGUCGCGCUGGGAGAAGGGUAGCAAGAUGAUGCACGAUCCCGUCAUGCCAUUCGGUGGAGGCUCGAGAGGUACGUGUCUCACCUAA